CGGGCGGCGGCUUUUGGGCUCCCGUCGGCCACCGUCGGCGAAGCCCUUGGUUGCGGGAGCCGCUCGGGCUCCGGUCGGCGGCGAGGCAGGGACGGCCAGCGAGCCGAGCCUGGAAGAUGAAGCUAAAGGAAAUUGAGCGAACUGCUGUCCAGGCAUGGAGUCCAGCAAACCACCACCCCAUUUAUCUAGCAACAGGAACAUCUGCCCAGCAACUGGAUGCAUCCUUCAGUACAAAUGCCACCUUGGAAAUAUUUGAGGUUGACUUCAAGGAUCCCUCCCUGGACAUGAAGCAGAGAGGAGCACUUCCUGCCUCAAACAGGUUUCAUAAGCUGAUCUGGGGUAACUUUGGAAAUGGGUCUCCAGAGUCCUCCGGAGUGAUUAUUGGUGGCGGGGAUAACGGUGUACUGACAAUGUACAGUGUGCACCACAUCUUGACUUCAACGGGUGAGCCUGUAAUUGGGCAGACAGAAAAGCAUUCAGGUCCUGUUCGAGCUCUUGACUUCAACCCUUUCCAGAGUAACCUCUUGGCUUCUGGAGCCAAUGAUUCUGAAAUUUUCAUCUGGGACUUGAAUAACUUCAGUGUGCCUAUGACUCCAGGGGCUAAAUCACAGCCUCAUGAAGACAUCAGUGUGGUGUCCUGGAAUCGGCAGGUGCAGCAUAUCCUGUCCUCUGCUCACCCGAGUGGCAAGGCUGUGGUUUGGGACCUCAGGAAGAAUGAGCCUAUCAUCAAAGUCAGUGACCACAGUAACAGAAUGCAUUGCUCAGGAAUGGCCUGGCAUCCAGAAGUUGCAACCCAGCUAGUCCUUUCCUCUGAGGAUGACCGCUUGCCAGUGAUCCAAAUAUGGGACUUACGUUUUGCUACCUCUCCUUUGAGCCAGCUGGAAGGGCACACGAGGGGAGUUCUCUCUGUCUCUUGGUGCCAGGCUGACCCUGAACUGCUGCUGAGUAGCGCCAAAGACAACCGGAUCUUAUGCUGGAACCCAAGUAUGGGGGAGGUGGUUUACGAGUUGCCCAUUCGGAGUCAGUGGUGCUUUGAUGUCCAGUGGUGUCCUAGGAAUCCUUCAGUCUUCUCUGCUGCCACUUUUGAUGGGUGGAUCAACAUUUAUUCUGUUAUGGGUGGGAACUUAGAAGCUCAGCAGAAGACGCAGGCUGACAAGAUUUCUUCCUCCUUCAACAAUUUGGAUCCCUUUGGCACAGGACAGAUCCUCCCUCCUCUGCAGGUGCCACAGCAAGUAGCCCAGACCACCUUGAUUCCACCAUUAAAAAAGCCACCCAAGUGGAUUCGCAGGCCUGUGGGGGUUUCAUUUGCAUUCGGAGGAAAAUUAGUUACCUUUGGUGUUACCAAAGCUCCUGGACAGCAAAUGCAGCAGACUUACCCACACCAGGUAUUCAUCAGUCAAGUCACUACUGAAACUGAAUUCCUGCUCCGAUCCAGAGAACUGCAAAUGGCCUUGCAGUCGGGGAACCUCCUUGAUUACUGCCAGGGCAAGAUCCAGACAGCCAAGUUUCCGUUUGAUGAGAACCUUUGGAACUUUUUGAAGGUGACUCUGGAGCAGGAAUCCAGGACUAAACGCCUCAAGCUGCUGGGCUACAGUAAAGAGGAUCUGGAAAAAAAGAUCACCUCAUGUUUGAGUAAUGGGAUCCCAGAUAAGCAAUUCCUUCCUGAGGCAGAUGUGACAAAUGCUGCACAGCCAGAUCAGCUUUUGAUAAAUACCAGUGAUGAUGUAGCUGCUGUUUCCUCCUCUUCAGCCUUUUUUGACAACCUCAUCCCACAGAAUAUGAGCACAUUGGAGAUUCCUGUCACAGAAGAUACGGAUGGACUCAUCAGCCAGGCCCUUUUGUUGGGGAAUUUUGAGGGUGCCGUGCAGCUGUGCAUGCGAGCAGAGCGCUUUGCUGAUGCCAUCAUCUUAGCGAUCGCUGGUGGGGAGAACCUCCUAAAGGAGACCCAGAAGCGCUACUUUGCCAAGCAGAAGACAAAACUCUCCCUGCUGCUUUCCUCCAUUGUGCAGCAGAACUGGCAAGAUAUUGUUUGUACGUGUGAUCUGCAGAGCUGGAAGGAGGCGCUGGCCAUCUUGUUAACAUACUCAAAGCAUGAGGACUAUACCCAGCUCUGUGACAUGCUGGGUGCCCGCCUAGAGUCAGAGGGAGAUGCAGCCCUGUCCAAUGAUGCCUGUCUCUGCUAUAUCUCAUCAGGCAAUGUGGAGAGGUUGGUGGAAUGCUGGGUAAAAAACCAUGAGACUUCGUCACCCCUUGCCCUGCAGGAUCUCAUAGAGAAGGUGAUGGUGCUGAGCAGGUCCAUUGAGAUGCUCCGAGGCACAGCAGGACCAGCACCAGGCCCUGUCUUGGCAGAACGAAUCACCCAAUAUGCCAGUCUCCUGGCAUCACAAGGAUGCUUGGCAGCUGCAAUGGAUUACCUACCCAGCAGCUCUAAAGAGCUCCUGAUCGAACAGCUCCGAGACCGGCUUUUCCAUGCUCAAGGAGAGAAUGUGGGUGAUCAGCAGCCACCCCCUUUUCCCUACACUCGUGUCAAUGUAGGUGUCAUUAAACACCCAUCUCCAGCAGCCAAAGGUGAUUCCACUGCUGAAGGAGCAGCCCACAAAACAGGCCCCAGACACCCAGAGAAGCCCAACUAUCAGUCAUCGUUUGCCCCUUCAGCACCUUCUCAGCCUUCAGUGCCUUCCCUCUUCACGCCUCAGCCAGUGCCAGCAAUGUCUAUGACACCUCACCACAUUGCCCCUCCCCAGGUCAGCACAGGUCCACAGACAAGUGUCUAUUCCAGAGGGCUGCCGUACCCACAGUACAAUUUGGGCUUUGUUCCAGCAACCACUUCAGGGCCAGCUGUGUCACAGUCUCAGCUGUUCGGACCAGCAGGAGUCAGACCUGUUGGUCCAGCUUCCUUCCCCAACCAGCCUUCUCUGCCAGGACAGUCCAUGCCCAUGACAUCUCCUGGUGUUCCACCACCUGGACCUGCCCUCUUCACUCCAGCCUCAGUCCCAUCAUCUCAGCUUCCUGCAGCUUGUCCUCUCCCUGUGGCAAGCCAGUCUGCUCUAGGUUUCUCUUCAGCACCUUUCAACUGCCCCAUGAACAUGGGUUACCCUCAGGGAGGUCCUGGAGCUCCAUCUACUAAGCCCUUGCCAGCAGCCAGCAUUCCUCCUCCUCCUACAGGUUUCUUCCCUUGGCUAGAUCCCCAUGUGGAUCAUGCAGCUCAGGAAUCUUGGACUGAUCCUACUGCUGGAAAAGGAGGCCUUCAAAAGAAAAAGUUGCCUGAGAAAUUUACUCCUCCAGCCCCCAUCACAGCUCCAGUAAUGAGCCUGCCCGCUGAGCCCCAAGGGAUCCAUCCUCAGCUGUCCAGGUUGCAAGAAUCUGGCCAGUCACCCCCAGGAGCACCAAAGGAAGGCAGCCUGCAGUAUCACCACCUACCUGUGGAGAGGGUUGAGAGGAAGGAGGUGCCCCCUGAGCACCAGGCUCUGAAGACCACAUUUGAAGGGUUGGUGCAACGCUGCUCUGCUGUCGCCACUGAUCCGAAAACCCGGAGGAAGCUGGAGGAUGGGUUGCAGAGGCUGGAGUGUUUGUAUGAGAAGCUCCGCGAGCAGGCGCUCUCUCCAACCAUCCUCAUGGGUCUCCAUGAAAUUGCCCGCUGCAUUGAGGCUAGGAACUACCAACAGGGUCUCCUGGUUCACACCCAAGUGGUGAGCAGCAGCAGUUUCAGUGAGGUGUCUGGUUUCAUGCCCAUCCUGAAAGUCCUCAUGACCAUUGCUGGCAAGCUGAAUGUGUAAAGUGUGGAGCAUCUGGAACAGUGCAGACUGAGAGCUGGUGGACUGCGUCACCUGUUGAUGUGCUGCAGGUUGUGGAUUCUCCUGACUCUGGAGAAUUAAGUCUAUGCCAGUGCCUGGAACUGUGCUGGGCCAGCAUGCCUGGCCCCAUCCACUCUCCAGACAGCCCACUGGUGCCUGGGACUCCUGGAGACUGUUCUUUCUCUCUCUUUUCUUUCUUACUAGUCUGAGGCUGCUUCCCAGCUGAGGAAUCUCAAUUUCAGGCUGUCCAGGUUGCACAGAGAUCCUUCCUCUUCCCUAUGUCCCCAGCACAAAAGAGAAACACCUUCCCUCCUAGGCUUAUAUGGCACCUUUUUUUAGGAAAAAAACAGGGCUGGCACCCGCAGCACCACCAGACGGAGCAGCCUCAAGGCUCUAUUCCUUGCUGCAGUGUAAACUGCCUGAGUGAUAGCUGAGUGCCCUUGGGACCUAAGCUGGGGUGCCCCUGCUCUGUUGGGCUGCAGUGAGGAUCUCUCCUCUGUUCUUCCUUUCUCUUCGUGCUCAUCCUUGACUCACCCUCUCACCCCUCUGCACUGAUACCCUCCUACAACUAGGGCUAACUACCAGCCUGCUCUGGGCUAGCCUUGGUGUUCUCUCUUUUCAUAGUCAGGUCUCCUGUUUACCCCUCUAUUAUCUCUGUCCCCCCUCCUUUAUAUCUUUUACCCCAUAAGGGUAGGCUUGAGCCCUUUAUGUUUCGGGCCCAGGGUUGAUUCCCCCUUCCAACUCUUGGGACUGUUCCAUUCAGGAAUGCUAGCAGGUUGGACUGCUCUGUGCACUCUUCCCCAGAGCCAGUCACAUCCUGUUAUUGGGCUAAAAGCCAUCCUCUCUGGUUCUUGGCCUUUUUCACUUCCUUUAUGUUAGCACAGUUGUCCUUUUGCCAACUGGUGUUAUCUAAAGGCUUCAUACAUUGGGCUUUUCAGGCAGUUUAGGGGCUUUAAGAGCAGCAGGGAUUAUUCAGAUCCCAUAAGAAUCCCCUCAAGCUACUCUGACCAGCCCAGACUUGAGCAGGAGACAGCUCAUUGCUCCAAGAGUGGUGCUUUCAUUCUGCCUACAAGUAACAGAUGCAUGCAAAGGUGGUUCUCAAAAGCCCCUUGGCACUAACUAAUGGUGGUAGGAAUAUGCUGUAGGAGGUGGUGCUGUCAGGUCUCAAGGAUAUGGCUGUGCUUAGGCUUUUCAUCACUGUGGCUUUUCCUUUGGGGUAAAAUAGAUGAACAAAGCAUAUCAGUUGUAGGGAAGAAGUCUGGGAAGGCAGAUGGGAUUUUAGGGCACAUCUGUGUGUGUGUGUCUUUCCCUCUCUUCCUCCCUCCUUGUCUUCCUCUCUCUGACCCUCUUUCAUGCUUACCAGGCAGCGUAAUCAUUGGGCCUUAGCUGGGAGCAAGGCUUCUUCCCAACAUUUGGCUGCAGUGCCUGCUUCCUCUGCUUGCUGCUUGAGUGAUAAUGCCAUCGUGGGCCUGUGGCUCGGUGACUUACAUGAAUCAGACUGCUCUACCAUGAGACUUAGGAGGGAGGAGAAUCAGAGAAGGGGGGGAGAGGACACACUCAUUCUCUCCUUUCCAGGUCAAAGUGCCUCCUUGUUGCUGCUGUGUUGUUUCUAUUGCUGCAGUUUGAUGCACUGAGAUUACAGAACAGUGAAAUAAAAGCUGUGUUUUGUGAUGCUGCUAGCUUUUUUUCACCUCUAGCUACAGGGGACUUCCCUCAGUCUGCAGGGCCACCCUCUGAUAGCUGUGUUCUCAGCUUUGGUGAGGGGGGCAGUUGAGGAUGGUGGGGGGUGACCCAGAUUCUGGGCUCUGUUGGUGUGGACAGCAACUGUACUGGUGUGGUGAGACUUCAGGACUUACUUGCCCUUUAAGGCUGCAGGGUCAGAGAACUGAUCUUCUCCAGAUCACCCACCUCAGCUGUGACUGUUCAUCUCAUCAGACACAACAAGGUCCCUGAGGUUACCUUGGGGAAUUACAGCAGUGUUGGGGAUUUUACACUUGGUAUCGGGAGUUGGAAGUAUGUCAGUAAGUAAACAGAGCCCUUGAUGAGAUCCUCUCCUGUUGCAGAUCAGUGCUACACCACUGAAGCCACUUAAACUAGGACGAGAAUUUGACCUAUGUGGAAAUCAGGUUUAUACCAUUGAAUUGUCAGUUCUUAUCAUUAGUUAAUGUUGGCUGAUUUCAUUUAAGCUUUCAAGGAGGUAAGAAGGCUGAAGUUGAAACAUCAGCACUAAGAUAGUCAGGGGAGAUCCAACUAGCUCUGCAAAAAGACUAAUGUAAUCUCAAAAAAUUUUGUUUUCUUUUUGCUGUCAGCCAGCACACAUGAAACUCUGAAGUAAGCAGGACUGUAUUACUUGGCUUGUGGUUGGAGGAUUUGGGAGGAAGUAAAGGUUGAGGAAGACUGUUGGGAUGGGGAGGAUUUGAAGGGCCAUUGCUGGGAAGGAACCAGGGCUUAUGAAAGUUCUGUGGUGUUAUGGACCCAGCACACGCAUUCAGGGAAAACCAGCCUUUGUUAGUUCUGCUGCUGGCAGAGGCAAACUCCAAGUGUAAGGGAGAGCUUUUGCAGCCUGGUCUGGGAGUAGUUAGCAACCAGUCUGGCUUCCUAGCUGUCCCCUACCAGGGAGACGGAAGCUGAUUUUCAAAGGCAGCACUUGUGUUAUGAGCCCUUCAGAUGCUGUACAAGUGAGCUGGUAGCCCUGGAGGUAACAUUUGCUUAACAAGUAUAUAGGGGAAGUCCUAGCUUUCUGAGAUCAUUUAACAAGCCUGGUAUUUCUUAGAUUGUGCCUUUCUGGAUCCAGUUAUAGUACCCUGUGCAGUCCAGCCCCUCUCUUUCUUUUAACUCAGGCCACUUGGACCUCCGAGAAAUAAGCAUGUUUUCCAUGUAUUUCUCAGAUGCAUUUGACUAUAGUUCCCUCCAGCACGCACAGCUCCGGCUACCCGUGGACUCAUGCAGAGACUGGCUAUUUAUCCUGCCUUUGCUUGUGAGUCCUUCCUGCUUGCCCCUUUGUCCCGCUGUUGCUCAGUUCUGCUUCAGGUUUACUCCAGUGAGCAGGGUCCCUAAACUCUUGGUAGGGAAACCAGACAGGGGGAAGCAAGGUGACCCAUUCGAGGGUCUUUGAGAGGCUUGUGGUAGAAGCUCUGUGGCCCUGGUGCAUUAUAUGGUCUUGCAAACCCCACUGAAAAACGCUCCUCUAUUUUAUAGCACUGUCUCAGCUGGCUGGUAACAGCUUCUGGUCUAUGGACAGCAGCUCCUCAGCAUUGCCUCCUCCCAUGUGGGCAUAUGCUACCACAGCAUCCCUGUGCAUCUCGACAGAGAAAUCAUUUCUGUUGGGUGAGAAGGCCUUUGGGUUGACAAAGAAUUGGGGAGGGGGGGCAGUAGGAAAGAUCCCUGGGCACAGAGAACAGAGCUCUAAUCCUGUUGCCGAUAACAUCAUGUCUGCAGGCUAGGCUUGUGUGUGUUUCGGGGAGCUGGAGGGGCAGAGAUUGUUAGGCAGUAUUUGUUUGUAAAGCCACUUGCUCUGAAGAUAAUGCUUGCACUAACUUCUAUUCAGGGAGCAGUGUGAGUCCCCACAAAGUCCUUUCCCAAAGUGUCUUUGAAGCCAAGAACCCAUUGAAAAGAAGAAAGGCCAAGAGAGGGGAUUAGUUUGUUCAGCAGCUGUGAAUUUCAGUGGGAGGCUGAUGAACUCCAAAGUCUUUGUUGAGAUGUUUUUUGUAAGGAGCCCUGCUGGAGGGAGAGACCCACACAGGGGCUGGGGCCUUAGACAAGAAGGAAUCCGAAGCGGCAGGGAGCUGUAAACGGGCCACAAGGACUUUUCCCAAACACUUUUUGGAAAAGGUGUUGUGAAGAGAGUGGAGGGGGAUUAGCAUGUGAAAUGACACUUUCCAUUGACUCCACAGAGGGGAGGGGAAAAGGGCUGGCUGGCUGAUUUAUUAGCAUUUUGUUCCCUUCUCUAUUCUGCUUCCCCCCAGCAGUCCCCCUCCCCUUGCUCCCCUCCUCCCUGAGCCCUCUAAAGAGGUUUGGAUUGGAAAAGGGAGCGGGGGGCUGCCUGUUUGUGUGUCAUCUGGGCGAAGGUGACCACCUGGGAAGCUGAAUGUAAAUAUUUCUCCUCUGAGGAAUGCGCCUUCAUUAAACCGAAAUGAAUACAUGGAAGCAUCCAAUCCUGCCGCACAAUGGCAGCAGGGCCUUUACCGCUCGGGGCUCCUUGCGCCGGGGAGGGGGGACCCUGAGGACCCGACCUGCUGCUGAGGUCAGCACAUUUUGCAGCUGCGGUGUCACCAUGUUCACCCAGAGAAAGGGGCAUGCGGCAGUGGGGCUUGUGUUUGUAAUGCUCCCCACAUGGCCCCUGCACCAACAGGAGUCACCGUGCCCAGCGGGCACAUCCUGGGCUCUGCCAUGGCCUUCACAGGCAAACAUAUGGGGCAGUACUGUCAGUAGGGGGGGGAUGGGGUAGCACAGCCUGCCCUGUGCUGAGUGAGGAGGAAAUAGGAAACGGCUUCCACAUCUCCUUAUGCUUCCAGCUGGCCAUGGAAUGGCGGACACACAGGGGCAAGGGGGUAUAAGCUGUCCUCUGCCUUGCAAAUGGUCCUCAAGCCAGCUCGUGCUGGAGCUUUCCCUGUUAAGUGACAGGCUUUUGCCACCUCUUUGCUUUCCUGCCCAAGCAUGCAUUCCCACCACAGGGACAUAGAAUCACAGCAUCAAAUAGGUUGGAACAGACCUUUAAGAUCAUCAAGUCCAACCAUCACCCCAGGACUGCCAAGUCCACCACUAAACCAUGUCAGUGGGUUGAGGCACUGCUGACAGAAAAGCAAGGGGUAGGAUCCCCAUAUUAAUAAGAACCUUUCCACAAACAGCUGAUGGUUUGUGUGUGAAGGGGAAGUGUUUCAGGUUUCCCUGAGAAUAGGCCAAGAUUGCUGCUUGCAACUUAUGAAGGGCCAGAUUGACAUGAAUGCUCUGCUCUGGUGAGACCCCAGCUUGCCCUAGGUCCAAAUUGCCACCCCCAAUGAAGUAGUCCUAGGCUCAAGGGGGUAUUUGAUAACUAAGAGAGACAUACAGACUGCUGAGUGUCUUUAAUGUAUCAUCUCUAAAGUGGGCAACUGGGCCCCUGUCUGCCCCCCUACAACCCCCUUUCCUCUUGACACUUGCAUUGCAGUUGGAUGUAACCUCAAGCGAGCUUAAGGAAAGAGCAGGCCCUUUUUCCUCCUGGUAGGGGC